AUGUUCAACCCUGUCAACUCCCCAACCAACGGCUAUGCUGAGCGCUGCUGCCUGCGCCCACUCCACGGACUGGCCACGGGUGCCCCAGGGCCGCAAGGACUUGAUUUCCCCUUAUGCCACCAGUCAAACCUCAUGAGUGGUCACCAUGGCUAUGGGCUGGUGCCAGGAACCGAGCACCCAGGUGGUGGUGAUGGCUCGUGGUUCUCAACAACCCGCGGUGCAGGCAAGCUGGGCAAGAAGCGGACACUGUCCAUCUCACCCCUGUCAGACUCUAGUGUUGACCUGCAGACGGUAAUCCGCACCUCACCCAACUCCCUCGUUGCGUUCAUCAACUCCCGUUGCGCCUCCACCAGCAGCUCCUAUGGCCACCUCUCCAUCAGCACCAUCAGUCCAUCACUGGGGUACCAGAGUCCACCAGGGCAGCCAAAGGGCCAAGGGCACCUGUUCAGCCACACCCCCCCCCUGCCACCAUGUGCCUCCCAUGAACACCUGUCGACCCGCCCAGGGCUCCUGCACCAUGCACCAACUCGUGGGACCCUCAAACACUGCCAGCAGCUAAAGUUGGAGAGGAGCCUGAGCAGCCCUCUGACAGCCAAACACCCAGAGGAGAGAUCCGAAGGUGACAUCUCCAGCCCAGCCUCCACAGGCACCCAGGAGCCCUUGUUGGGAAUGCUUGACGUUCGGGAAGAUCUGGAGAAAGAGGAUGGGAAACCUGAGUCCGAGACUGUCUAUGAAACUAAUUGCUACUGGGAUGGCUGUGCCAAAGAAUUUGACACUCAGGAGCAGCUGGUGCAUCACAUCAACAACGAGCAUAUCCAUGGGGAGAAGAAAGAGUUUGUAUGCCACUGGGCAGCAUGUUCCCGGGAGCAGAGGCCCUUCAAGGCUCAGUACAUGUUGGUGGUACACAUGCGACGUCACACAGGCGAGAAACCUCACAAAUGCACGUUCGAGGGCUGCAACAAAGCCUACUCACGCCUGGAAAACCUCAAGACACAUCUGCGCUCACACACGGGUGAGAAACCUUACGUGUGUGAACACGAGGGUUGUAACAAGGCCUUCUCCAAUGCUUCUGACCGAGCCAAACAUCAAAACCGCACCCACUCCAACGAGAAGCCCUAUGUGUGCAAGAUCCCGGGCUGCACCAAGCGCUACACAGACCCCAGUUCCCUGCGCAAACAUGUGAAGACGGUACACGGCCCUGAUGCCCAUGUCACUAAGAAGCACCGAGGUGAUGUGGUGGCAGGCCGUGUACUGCCAGCUUCCAGUGGUCCCCCAGACAUGAAGCAGGAGAAAGACACAAAUGGCCCCACUGAGGCCCGGAAGGAUGACAGCAAGCUCUUGGUGCCUGACUUGGCCUCGAAGCCGCAGCCCAGCCCAGGUGGGCAGUCAUCGUGCAGCAGUGACCACUCCCCUCUCGGCAGCACCACCAACAAUGACAGUGGGGUGGAGAUGACGGGCAAUGCAGGCGGGAGCUACGAGGAUCUGUCCACAUUGGAGGAUGUGGUGCCUGGUGAGACCAUGGGCACCUCAGGGCUCACGGCCCUCCACAAGCUAGAGAAUCUUCGCAUUGACAAACUGAAGCAGAUGAGGAAACCGUCAGCUACCAAGGGCCUGAAUUUGCCAGUCAUCUCAGGAGCCGGCCUGCCUGGGGAGGUGCCUGGGAUCUCUGUGCCACCGCCAGCUGCCUCGCACCACCGCAUCACAGAGCUGUCAGCAUCAGAGAUGGGCAUGCCGCUGAACGAGCGCCGGAGCAGUGCCACCAGCACUGUAAGCUCAGCCUACACCGUCAGCCGGCGCUCUUCUGUGGCGUCCCCAUACCUGGCUGGACCAUGUCUGGGUGGUGAGGCAGGGACAAUGCCUGGUGGGGCAUGCCUGGCAAAUGGCUAUGACCCCAUCUCUCCGGAUGAGUCGCGACGCUCCAGCGAUGCCAGUCACUGUGGAGGGUUGCCAGGCGUGGGCAGCCUCACGCCAGCCCAGCGCUAUCGUCUCAAAGCCAAAUACGCCGCAGCCACGGGUGCCCCCCCGCCAACCCCACUGCCCAGCAUGGAGCGGGUGGGCAUGGGUGGCCACAGCGGCUUACCUGGGGACUACCUCAAGCCAACAAUGCCCCCCUUCCUCGUGAAUGGUUUGCUGAGAAGGCACGGUUCCAAUGACUACCCUGGCUAUGCAGGCAGCAUUCACCCUCACCUGGUGCCUGGGAAUGGUGUGCGGCGGGCCAGCGACCCUGCCCGGACAGCAGCCAACCCUCAUGCUGUACCCAAGGUGCAUCGUUUUAAGAGCAUGGGUAACGUGAAUGUGCCAGGGGCAGGCAGAGCUGUCCUGCAGCCCUUGGGUGGUUCUGAUGCUAACCUUCGGCGCUAUGUCUUCUCUCCACGCCCACCCAGCAUCAGUGAAAAUGUCUUCCUGGAGAGUGUGAGCAUUGAGGGCCCUGGCCCAGGCACAGAGUCUGGCUUGCUAGAAAUGGAUGAGUAUUCGAACUACCUGGAGGAAAGCUUCCCAUGCCAGGGGACAGGUGUGGAGCUCCAGUGUGAAGGACUGUAUGGCAGUGCUCACCGGACCAUGGGGGGUAUGCAACUGAACCCAGGUGGGCACGGGGACAUGGAGGAGGAAUUGCUUCAGUCUGAGUUCUCCCUCCCUCAGUGCCAGAUGAACCAGCAUUUUUCGAGCAUGUGUGCUGGCAGUGGGACCAUGUCAGCUCCUUGGGAGGAACCUCACCAAGGCAAUCUGGAGAUGAGUUCCGGGCAGCCAAGUGUCAGUGCCUCUGCUACUGUCACGUCUGGGGCACACUGUCACCAUCAUAGUACUCAGUACCCACUACCCAGUUCUUGUGUGCAGCAACCCAAACUUGUGAGCUCAUGUCAGGACAGUGGAUUUUCUGAGGGGCACCGGCUUAACCGACUGCAGAUCAAAUCAGAGCAGUGUUACUCAUCACCUGCCCCACCACUUGGUCCCUGCCAGAACGUCAAGCCUACUGGGCCCAUACAGCCUCCUGUGUCAUUUGGCCAAGCCAUGAAUGCAGUAUCCAGUGGUUAUCGGUCUGAGGAACGGGCACCUGUCAGCUACAUGGGCAUGUUGAGCCCGGGGGGUAGAAGAGCCCACACCCCCACCUUGCAGGCCAAAGAAGUGAUGGUCCGUAGCUAUGUGCAGGCCCAGCAGGCUCUGAUGUGGGGUGAACAGUUACCCUCCAAGGGCGGGGAGGCUGCCAUGGGGGUGGGCAGUGAACCUGGGCAGUACCAUGCCAUGCAAGCACCACUGUACCUCAGCCCCAAAUACUCUGGUUACCAAGCCAAACCAGAUCACCUGCAGGGUCUGGCAGAGACCCACCACCUCCUAAACCCCCAGUGCUUCAACCCUGAGAUGGUGCCACACCCACCUGGUGGCCCUAAACCACCAGGUCACCAAAACAGUCUCGACUAUGUAGGCAAUCUGGCUGAGCCAAAUCACUCCUAUGAGGGAGUGGAAGCCAGCUCCCGGAGAAUGCUUCGCUUGCCCCCUGUCCACCCCACACCUGAAGGGCCCAACAAUACCCUGCUAUAUUACCCAGGCCAGGGCACACACCUGCAGGUGGGCAAAGGUGGGUAUAAGCUGCUGGAUCAAACAACAGCAAGCUGCGGGGGUCCUGGGCAUUAUGGUGGGAGUUCAGAAAGCCUCAAGGGUAGCUCAUAUUACUACGUAGAUUCAGGGGAGCAGGUGUCCAACAGCCUGGACUCGCUGGACCUGGAGAACACGCACCUUGACUUUGCUGCCAUUGUGGAAGAUUCAGAGACACCUGCACUGCUGCCUGGAUCCCCAAGCCCUGCUGGUGGCCUCCUGCUUCCGUCAUCUGGUGGUGCCAACAUGGCUGUGGGUGACAUGAGCUCUAUGUUGAGCACUCUGGCAGGGGAGAGCCAUUUCCUCAACUCCCUGUCCUAA